AUGAUCAGAUCAGACACCCUUCCAAAUUCAGUCUACGACGCAAAGGGCAUGGUUGAUUUUUGUACGUGGUCAUGCAACGGUUGUUAUAUAUAUGGGGGCUACAACGACGGCGCAGCGAAACACGAGGACACGGACGUACAAGGCUGGGCAACUGUAGACGAAGUUAAUGGAGGCAUCCACUAUGAUGCUCCGAACGCGCAUUCAAGCCAGCUGUAUUGCGUUAGGAUCAAAGCCCCGUGGACGCCAGAGCCGAAAGAACAUCCCCUGGCGCGCGUGGACUCCGAGUCAGAUCCUGAUGAUCUGUUUUGCACGGGCAAAGAUGGCAAAAAGAAGAUGUGCCUCCCAUGCAGAAAUCGUGAAAAUCAGGGCACCAUACUAUCCGGCGAGCCAGUAGCCCCGCUCGAGUGCGAUUAUCAGCACUGGUGUGGCACGCCGCGACCUCAAUUGAAGCACUACGAAACUACGCUUGAGCUGGCACCUAAAACUCCACUAGUUACGUUCCCAACCGACCUCGCUCGCCUAUCCCCCAACCUACUUACAUUUUUAACGCUUGCAUCCUAG